AUGGAGAAACUAGACGUCAUGGAGAAGCAGAUGGGAAAGCUAGACGCUUUGGAGAUCAUCCAGAAGCGCUUGUUUGGUGAGGAAAAGCGUUCAUGGGUAAACGAGGGGGACACACAACCGUCCGAGGACAAUGCCAACACAACCAACGUGGUACAUCGCCUCUUCACACACACCCAGACGCCAACAACCGCUCUGCAGGAGACGAAGAUUGAUGUUCCAGAAAAAAAUGAUCCUUUGACAAGAAAAAUCAAGAUUCCUCUAUUUGAUGGUGAGAACGCGGAGGUUUGGGUUCAAAGAGUGGAGCAGUACUUCGAAAUGGAGGAGUUCUCGGAGGAGGAAAAACUCAAGGCAGUGCGUAUGUGCUUCGACGGCGAGGCUCUGAUAUGGUACUGCUGGGAACGCGACCGAAACCCUUUUUCAGGGUGGGAGCAGAUGAAGGAAAGGGUGUUGGAUGACUUCUCCGUGUCCGACGACCUAACAGAGGGUGAAAGAUUGCUACUAUUGCGACAAGACGACACCACGGGCGUUACUGCAAAGAAUUUAUCGCUCUGGCGGCAAACGCUUCGGAGAGCAGGAGUGAAGAUGUUUGAGCCCAGGAAUCUGAAAAAAAUGAUGAGCUUGUCCCGAAAGGUGGAAGAUUGGUCUGGAGAGACCUCAUCGGAAAUCUCGUCGGGAAGCAACAACGGAACGUUAACAAGGUCUGGCGGCGAGAGACUAAUCACUCGCAGCAGUCAACACUCUAGUGGGGGUCAACGGCUCAACGAAGGGGUAAUUUCGUCCACUCAAAAGUCUAACAAUACCCUAGAUAAGCAUACAACGUCGUCUCGACAAGCUGUGAACCCAAAACCUAGUCAAAUCAUAACGGGAGAAGGGAGGCGAUUUCCGUAUCGCAGAUUGACGGAUUCAAAGGCAAAUGACAGAAGGGCUAAGGGACUCUGCUUCCGAUGUGACGAGAGGUUUCACGCGGGUCACUGGUGUAGGAUGAAGGAGCUGCAAGUGAUGGUGGUAAGCGAAGAGUUGGGAGACGCGGAGUGUUUCUACGAUGUGGAGGAGGAAGCAUUUGACGCGGUCACGGGGGACGUGGCGGAGUGCGCUGUUCUAUCCUUAGGCUCGGCGGCGGGUAUAUCCUCUCCACGUACUAUGAAGUUACGAGGAUCAAUUAAGACGGAGGAGGUGACUAUCUUGAUUGACAGUGGAGCUUCCCACAACUUCAUCUCUUGUCACGUGGUUCGCCGAGUGGGGCUCAUGUUACGGGGAACUCAGGAGUAUGGGAAUUGGAUGGGAACGGGAAUAGUGGUCCACGGAAUAGGGGUUUGUCAGGACGUAAGGUUGGCGAUUCCUGGUUACAACCUGGAAGGUGAAGGACUAAUGGUAGAGUACCACGAAUUGCGGAAAGAAGACAAGGAAGUAGCUUGUCCAAACGAGUUUCACCAACUUUUGGAAGAGUUUAAGGACGUGUUCGAAGAGCCAAAAGGACUGCCACCCUCAAGAGGCAAGGAGCACUCCAUCAAACUGAAGAUUGACACAAAGCCAGUGAAUGUACGACCCUUUCGAUACCCGCAUGCUCAGAAGGAGGAGAUCGAGAAACAAAUUUCCAACAUGCUUACUGCGAGAAUCAUGAGAGAAAGUGGAAGCCCAUUCUCCAGUCUUGUCCUACUGGUGAAGAAGAAAGACGGAAGCUGGAGGUUCUGCGUGGAUUACAGGGCGCUCAACAAGGCAACAAUACCGGAUAGUUACCCUAUCCCUAUGAUUGAUCAACUGCUGGAUGAAUUCCAGGGUGCUCUCAUAUUCUCCAAGCUGGACCUAAGACCAUUCCUCUGGAAGUUCGUGCUAGUGUUCUUCGACGACAUACUAAUCUACCGCAAGUCCAUACUCGAGCAUCAAGAGCAUCUGAAGACAGUGUUGCGGGUUCUUCAACAACAUCAAUUGUUCGCCAACCAUAAGAAAUGCCAGUUUGGGAGCCAGCAAGUUGAGUACCUGGGACAUGUCAUCUCUGCGGAUGGUGUGGCGGCUGAUCCAAACAAGAUUAGGGCAAUGACAGAGUGGGAAGAACCGAGCAACAUCAAGCGUUGA